AUGUCUGAAGAAACCAGUGUCCCUAUAUUGAAAGCAUCUGAUUUGGCAGAAGAGAUUCAAACUAAAAUAUUUGAAUUAUCAUCCCAGGCACUUGCCACCUAUAAGAUUGAAAAAGAUAUAGCAGCAUUUUUGAAGAAAGAAUUGGAUCAACUUUAUGGUCCUACAUGGCAUGUAAUUGUUGGUAAAUCGUUUGGAAGUUAUGUCACUCAUGAACAAGGUUAUUUUAUAUAUUUCUAUGUUGGUGAUAUGGCAUUUUUAAUUUUCAAAAGUGGUUAA